AUGAAUAAAAAAGGUAUGAAUAAUGCCUUUGCGGGAAUAAAGCCAGAAAAACAUGAAGAUUUAUGUGGUCAUGAUUUAAGACGCUUACAUUGGAGUCCAAAUCUUGAAUGGAAAAAAAAUGAUGAUCUCGGCAUGGUUUGGCCAGGUGAGGAUAUCUGUGCAUGGCUUAUUCGUGUACGCAUUCCUCUCAAUGAACUUAAUACGGGUGGCACUAAAA